AUGUGGGAGUUCCAUGAGGUUUUGAACAGCACAUUCGAGGUUUUGAAACACAUUCCACUGGAUUCAGAAGCUAUCAGAAAAUGCCAAAAUGGGACAAUCAGAGGGCCGACUGCUGUGAAAUUUUUAAGAAGUGAGUGCUUCAGCUUUUUUGACUGUUUUUAGAGGUUUAGCAAAUGACUUGAGGUUUUUUUCGCAAAUGAUUUGAUUGUUACCUAGUGCAACAUCGAAAAUCAAUUUGUGAGCUGAAUUCGAACGAUUUCUGCUUAAUUAUUGUUUCAUUAGCAAGAAUGUAUUGUAACAGAGGUUGUGUGAGAUAUUUUGCAGAUUUUCAAUUGCUCGUUAUUGUUUUAUAAAUUGUUUUGUUUUGCUACCUAAUAUAAUAUAAAAUGUUGCUUUAUCACUAUAUUUUUACGAAUAAUGUUUUCUCUUGCAGAUCUGGACUAUUACCAAGGUGUUUUAUUGAUUUGCGCAACCCUGUUGACAAUGACAGUGACGGGUUACGCGUUUGUUCAAUGUCUAAUGGUUCAGGCCAAUGUUUCCAAAUCCAAAAGGCGAAGCAAACUGUAUUUUCUCAUUUCUUUGUUUCCAGUAAGUCCUUCUUUGUUUUUUUUUUAAUUUAGGCAUGUUUCUACCAAAGAAAAUACAAUUUUUUAUAUUGCGCAUGCUGAGCGAGAUCAUAAUUUUCGAAUUUUUCUCGUCAAAAACGAUCAGUGGUGUGAUUUUUAGGUGUCGAUGUCCUUUUGUCUUGUCGGGAUGAUCUCUCCGCGAGCUGCCGCACUUUCUACUUCUUGUGGGCUCUUCUACUUCUUGGUCGUGUUUUACAUCUACAUCACAUUGGUUAUGAACCUGGUCCGGCGAAAUCCGAACGACAGUCAACUUUGCGGAGUAAAGGCGAGAUUGAACGAACGAGGGAAACGGAUAAACAUGAGGGUGCCGCCAAUCUGCUGUUUGAUCCCCUGCAUGCCCGAACCGAAGGUUACAACGUAAGAUUUCAAUUUUGUUUUGAUAUUUAGGAAACGAUUGAUGAACAAUAUGAUCUACUGGACCUUUUAUGGGCCAAGGUUUUUGAAGUGAUACAAAAACGAGACUGACAGCGCCGCCAUAGCUCAGUCGGUUAGAGCGUGGGUCUAAUAAGCCCAAGGUCGCAGGUUCGACCCCUGCUGGCGGCAAAUUGUAUUAUUUUUGAUCGAUUUAAAAAAGAAUCUCAGGUUAUUUGUUUUGUUUGUAAUAACGGUAAAUCAGAAUCUACAGGUCUAUUGGCCUUUUUAUAUGUAAAUUUUAUUGUUUCAGUCAACGAAUCCAGAUCAUCAAACUGUUGGUUUUGCAAGGCCCGUUGAUCCGAUCUUUUGUAUUUUUCUUCGAAGUUUGUUUGACAAUCGAAUUGGGCCGAGAAGCGAAUAUCAUCAUCCAAUACUGCGAGAUGGUCGCUUUACUUUCCACGUUCUCGGUGGUCUUUGGAUCUCACACCUUCACAAGGCUGGUUGUGGUGAGUUUACGCUCAAUUCACAAUAUUUAAUAUGUGAAUUGAGCGUUUUUUAGUGUUUUUGAGUUAAAUUAUGGAUUUUUCAGCACGAAAUCCAGUCGUAUCAGGUGGUGACAAUAAUCCGAGCAAUCUCUCUGGCUCUUUUCUCCUUCUCCGCACAGUAUCCACUGCUUUUUCAAAAUGUAUUUUUGCGGCUGAAUUUGAUUCGAUGUGGUCCAGUGUUGUCGAUUCCGGAAUCAGCGAGAUGUGAGUUUGAUUUUUUUUACAAUUUCUAUAUUUUUUCCAAGAAAUUAAAUUAAGAUUUUUUUAAUACGAAAAAAGUCCUGUUUGUGGUCAAAGAAUGUAAGGGGAUGUUUGAUUUUAAUUAUUUUGACUACUUUUUGUCAAAUUUCCUAAGGCUAUGUUUGGUUUUGUCCGAAAUUUUCCCAAAACUCCUUCCUUUCCCUCCCUUUUCCGAUCAGACCCUUUUCCGGAAGGGCCGAAGCAUGUGCCGCCAUAGCUCAGUCGGUUAGAGCGUGGGUCUAAUAAGCCCAAGGUCGCAGGUUCGACCCCUGCUGGCGGCAAAUUGAUUUUUUGACCUCAGAAAAUUAUUUUUUUAUUUUUUUCAGUCAUAUGCAACUUUAUGGUGAUCUGUCAGCUAUUCGUCUUGAAUCUAUACUUCAACAGCGCUCUGAAACCAGAAAAGAAUGAUAUUUUUGACCUGGCUGAGGCCUCCGAUGCUGUACCAUCUGAAGAAGACCUCAGUAAUUACAAACAAUCCCUUCUGUUGUCAUUACUAACCCCCAUCAGAAAGAAGAAGAACCUCAGAUUUGUAUAG